AUGUCGGAAUCUUUCGCUUGGGAUUUUGUUGCAGAAUUGGUAUCAGACUGUUUAAAGUGUUGCGCAGAAGAUUCUGAUGAUUCUACAAGCAAGAUUACCUAUUCUGGUGCCAUAUUGGAGGUCUGCAUGAGGAAACUGGUUUUCUAUCCUGAAAUUGUUGGUUUCAUUGAAGAAGAGAAGGAUCGGUUCCCUUCAGUUAAAGUACAAUACCUUUUCAAUUCACCGCCAAAAUUGAUCAUGCUCGACGAUGCCGGCCAACACAAGGAAACAAUUAGGAUCGACAACUGGAAACGCGAACAUAUACUGCAGUUUCUAAAAGAGAAGGUCAAGCGUACGUCGGCAUACUGAGAGUCGUCUUCAAAUCUUGAUGACAUUUGAUCAAUCACGGCCUCAAUCCUUUCUUGUCAUUGAUAAGGGGGAAGAUUUGCGGUAGAAGUAACUUUUGGACUUGCAAACUGAAGUUUGUUGAUGUGGAAAUGCAUGUUGAUAUCAUCAUGUGUGAUGGACUGCCAACAUGGUCUUUUACUUGGAUUAUAGAGAUUUGGUUUAUUGUGUGUGUACUUUUAGAUGAUCAUAAAUCGGAUCACAGAAUUGGCCAUUUACAAGAUUCAGCAGAUUUACACGAUAA